UUACUAGCAACACUGAACCCGACAGCUGUCGAAACGGGAAUAAAAAAAAUAGUAAUUAUUCGGACAGCUAAGGAAGUGGUUGUCCUCAGUUUUAUAAAAUAUUUUUUUACGUAGUGCAAUUUGUUUUUAUGGUGUCCCGGAGAAAAGUGUAGCUAUGUUGAAGCUGUUGGUGCUGUUGGUGACUUUGGCUGGAGUAUUCUCCGUGCCUCUUCAGGAUAAGAUCACUCCGAGGAGCGGCGAGGCUUGUGGCUAUGAGAGCUGCCCUGUCACAGAGAAUGGAGUCCUGAAUGUGCACAUAGUUGCGCACACACACGAUGACGUCGGAUGGCUGAAAACUGUAGACCAAUAUUAUUAUGGAAGUAGAAACAGGGUACAGAAGGCUGGUGUGCAGUACAUAAUAGAUUCAGUUGUCAAGGAGUUAUGGGAAGAUCCUAAGAGAAAGUUUAUAUACGUGGAGACAGCUUUCUUCUGGAAGUGGUGGGUGCGCCAGCCCGAGAGCAUCAGGGACAAAGUGCACACGUUGGUGAGGCAGGGUCGGCUGCAAUUCGUCGGUGGCGCGUGGUCCAUGAACGACGAGGCAGCCUCACACUAUCAGAGCACCAUCGAUCAAUUCACAUGGGGACUCAGUAAAUUGAAUGAGACCUUCGGCACGUGCGGCCUGCCUCGCGUCGGCUGGCAGAUCGAUCCGUUCGGCCACUCGCGAGAGUUCGCCUCGCUGCUUGCUGCGAUGGGGUACGACGGACUGUUCCUGGGCAGAAUAGAUUACCAGGACAAGAGCAGCAGACUCCAUAACCAGGACAUGGAGAUGGUGUGGAGAGGAGAUGAUGUGUUGGGUAAAUCAUCCGACAUUUUCACGGGUGUGUUGUUCAAUACAUACUCGCCGCCUCCGGGCUUUUGUUUCGACGUGCUGUGUGACGACGAGCCAAUCAUAGACGACCCCGACUCGCCCCUCUUCAACGUGGACGACAAGAUCGCAGUAUUCCUAGACUACGUGAAGAAGCAAUCGUUGCACUAUCGCACCCAAAACGUGAUAGUCACCAUGGGGGGCGACUUCACGUAUCAAGACGCGAGCAUGUGGUACAAAAACCUUGACAAACUUAUCGAAUAUGCAAAUCUCAAGUCAGCCAAAGAUGGGUUGAAUGUUAAAUUGUUUUAUUCUACACCUACGUGUUAUUUGAAGUCUGUGAGAGAUGCCAAUCCGGAGUUGCCGAUCAAACAGGACGACUUCUUCCCGUACGCCAGCGACUCGACCGCCUACUGGACUGGCUACUUCACCUCACGACCAACCACUAAAUACUUCGAGAGGGAAGGCAACAACUACCUACAGAUGGUAAAACAGUUGCAAGUGUUAGCAGGUUUGGAGGAGCACAACAAAUUCGUUCUGAACGAACUGAAGAGUGCUAUGGGUGUGAUGCAGCACCACGACGCCAUCACCGGCACGGAGAAGCAGCACGUCACCCACGACUACGAGCGGCUUCUCAACCAGGCGAUAGACGACGCGUUGCUGAUCGCGAGACAGGCUUUCAAUAAAGUGACACAAGGCGACGCACUCAAGCCGCCGCUGUUUGAGUACGCGCGCUGCCGUCUCAACGAGUCGAGCUGCCACGCGUCGGAGACCAGCGACCAGUUCAUUAUAACUGUAUAUAAUUCUUUGGGCUGGGACCUGAAAGAAGCCUUGAGGAUACCGGUAGUGGAGGGGAGCUACGAAGUUUACGCGCCAAAUGGUCAAAAAAUCGACUCUCAACUUGUACCCAUACCUCCGCUGGUGUUAAAAAUACCCACACGGCACUCCUCAGCCACCCACGAAUUGGUAUUCAUUGCUCGCCUACACGCCCUAGGCAUCAAGUCCUUCUACAUUAAAAAAAUAAAAAAGAACAAACGCGACUCGCACACACACGAUUAUUAUAAUGUUGGCAGUAAUGUCAGAAGCCAUGGACUAAACGUCAAACCGACGAUCAUAGACAAUUUCGAAAACCGCGCCAAAAGGGAUACGUCAGAUUUAGACAUCACUUUCCAUUAUUAUCCAGGCUGUGUUGGUAAUAACAGAGUGCCAGCUAACCGUAGUUCUGGCGCGUACAUCUUCAGGCCCAACGCUACUUCACCUAAACAGUUAAAUCCACUAACAACAGAAAACUUUAACGGGGUUUUAGUUGAUGAGAAAAGGGUUGUGUACGACCAAAAAGUUUUGUCUGUAAGAAGGCAUUAUAAAGAACUAGAAUUUAUCGAAAACGAAUGGUUAGUAGGACCUAUUGAUAUAUCAGAUGACGUAGGAAAAGAAUUCGCGGUGCGAUAUCAAUCGGAUAUAUUAAAUAAUGGAGAGUUUUAUACAGACUCUAAUGGUAGGCAAGUUUUGAAAAGGAAAUUGAAUCAACGUCCACAAUGGAACGUGACUUUAGCAGAGCCUAUAGCUGGCAACUAUUACCCGGUUACAAAUGAAAUUUACAUCGAAAACGGGGAUAAGAGACUGACAGUUCUGACUGAUAGGUCGCAAGGCGGCACGUCACUUCAAGAAGGUCAAGUUGAACUGAUGUUACACAGAAGAUUGUUGCAUGACGACGCGUUUGGUGUCGGUGAGGCGUUGAACGAAACUGCGAACGGAGAAGGGUUAGUCGUCAGAGGGCGCCACAGAAUAUUUACGACUAAAGAUGAAGUUCUUUUGAGGAAAAAUAUACUUCAAUUACAUCAGCAACCAAUUGUGUUUGUCUCUGAGGCUCAUAUCCCUUACGACCAAUGGUUGACUUUAGAUAAUUGUCAUAGAUUUUUAAAAUCCAGCCUGCCUGAUGGGCUACACUUACUCACUUUGGAACCGCGAGGCGAACAAUUAUUGCUACGAUUCGAGAAUUACAAAGAUACGAACAUGCAAAUUGAUAUUUCCAACCUCUUUGAUGGAAUUAAAAUUAAUGGCAUCCAUGAAACAAAUUUGGCUGGAAAUCGGUGGAAAGAAGAUGUAGAGAGCUUUGAAUGGAGGAAAGAGAGGGAGUUUGCAGACAGUUUUAACAAACAGUAUGGUGGUAACGGAGAAACAAGUCAUGUAUCCAGUAAUGGACAAAUUCAAGAUGAAGGUUUUAAUGUCGCUCUUAAGGGCAAGGAAAUUAGAACGUUCGUGAUAGAUUAUGAUUUAGUCAAAAAAGAAACAUUGUGAUUUUAUAUUUUGGUAAUAAAGUUUAGUUUUAUAA